AUGCCCGGGCCGCGCGACCGCUGCGUGGAGUGCUUCAUUCGCCUCCCCCCGUCUCCUCCCCCCUCCACCAUCGCCUUCCCCCAAUCCCCGGUUCCCCAUCUUCCCCCGUCCUACCCCAGAGAGCUGCUGCAGUCCCAAGGUUCGUACGAGUCGUCUGGACAGAUCACGUUUCCCGACGAGUUAAGAAUGCCCGGGCCGCGCGACCGCUGCGUGGAGUGCUUUAUUCGCCGCUCGCGGAAGACGGGAACUUUCACGCUGUUCCUCGGCGUGCCGCCGAAUUCGACGGAAAACGGCAAGUUCCUGCUCGCGGCGCGCAAGUGUGGCUGGCGGCCGUCAAGCAUGGAGUACGUGGUUUCGCUGGAUCCAAAAGACUUUUCGCGCGGCGGAAGUUCGUUCGUCGGCCGUCUGCGAGCGAAUUUCCUGAGCACGCGAUUCGCCGUCUUUGAAUCGUCGCACGAGGUGAGCGUUGCAAAUAUCCCUCUUUGUAACAAAGUAAGCUUUCGGCGGUUCGUUCGCAGCUUUCGUAGCGCCAACACGCACAGAGUGUCCCUUCUGUUUCUCGUCAUCCGCUCGUUUGCAACGAUCCGCCCGCCCCACCAUGCAACCCCUUCCCCCCUCCCCGUGCCGCAUUUCCCGCGCUUCCCUCCGCGCAGCCAGCGUUUUCUCUUGGCGCGGCGUCGUUAUCGCACGGCGGAAGCAGCAGCAGCAGCCGCAAGGUGCAUCCCCGCGGAGGCGGCGCUCGUUCCGCCAGCGGUUACCACCACUGUAACCACUGUAGCACUCGGUGUGGUAACCACCAUUGUGGUUACAAUUGUGGCAGCAGCAGCGCGGGCAGCAGCGGCGCCGGCACCCCUGUCGCGUGUAACGGUAACAUGGGCAGCUUUAACAGUUAUAACGGUUCCGGCUGUAGCGGCGCCAGCUCUAGCAGGGGUGGCGACGGGGGAGGGUUAUUAG